AUGUCACCGCUCUGGAGCGUCCCACCAUCGCGACCCACAGGCCGCAUCCGCAAGCUUCUCGUAGCCAACCGCGGCGAAAUUGCCAUCCGCAUCCUGCAAGCCGCCCGCGAACUCAACCUCGAAACCGUAACGUUGCACACCUCCAGCGACACGACACACACCUUCCACGCGCACUUCUCUCACCUGCUGUCCAGCGUCAGCGGCUACCUCGACAGCGCCCUGAUCCUUUCCCUCGCCUUGCAGUCCGGCUGCGACACGAUCCACCCCGGUUAUGGCUUCCUCUCGGAGUCCUCAUCGUUCGCGCAAGCGUGCGCAGACGCAGGAAUCCGCUUCGUCGGCCCCGACCCGCGGGUGCUGGAAGUCACUGGGAGCAAAACGCUUGCGCGGGGGCUGGCGGUAGAGUGUGGUGUGCCCGUGCUGCAGGGGCUGCACGAGGCGACGGAUGAUCUCGAGGUUGCGCGGAGGUUUGCGGAGCGCCUGGGGUGGCCGGUGGUGGUCAAGGCGGUUGAUGGCGGGGGCGGCCGCGGGAUCAGGUUCGUAAACGCGGCUGGGGAGUUCGUGGAUGCGUUCCGUCGCGCUUGUGGCGAGUCGCCGGCUGGAAAGGUUUUUGUGGAAAGGGCGGCGGCAGCGGGGGCUAGGCAUGUGGAGGUCCAGGUGGUGGGUGAUCUCCAUGGGAAUGUACAACCCGUGGGCACGAGGGAGUGCUCGGUCCAGCGGCGGUUCCAGAAGGUGGUCGAGUUCGCGCCGUCGCUGGUGCACGCGGAGGUGCUGCGGGAUCUAGCGAAUGACUCUGUGCGUAUGGCGCAGACGAUGAACUACUCAUCGCUGGCGACAUUUGAGUGGCUCGUUGAUCCCACGACUACUCCGCCGGCAGCGUACUUUCUCGAGAUCAACCCACGCUUGCAGGUCGAGCAUACGGUUACGGAAGCGGUGCAUGGCGUGGAUCUGGUCAAGCUACAGCUGCAGAUAGCGCAGGGCCACCCACUCACUAGCACCCUACUCCCUCCACCCCGCGGCCAUGCCAUCCAGCUCCGGAUCACAGCCGAAGACCCGUCCAAAAACUUCUCCCUCUCACUCGGCCGGAUCAGCCGGUUCGUGCUGCCGACCGGCAACGGCGUACGAGUAGACACGCACUUGCGCUCAGGGACACCAGUGAUCAUCGGCCCCGACUUCGACUCGCUGCUUUGCAAGAUCAUCGUUCACGGCGAGACCUGGGAGUCAACCGUGAGCAAGGCGCGUCGCGCCCUCGAAGACAGCGUCAUCGACGGCGUCGCAACAAACAUCCCGCUCCUCCGGGGGAUCCUGGCGAGCGACGACUUCCGCGCCGCGGACGUGGGUAUCCGCUGGCUGGAGACGAACAUCCACAACCUACUACUACCUCCCCGCCAAUCAUCCUCACUCUUCGCCCCGCCGUCGACAUCCCCACACUUCCCCACCACCAGCGCGGCUGUCGGCGCCCCCAUGCUCCGCAAAGACGACGCCUGGGCCGUCCACCUCUCACCCAACACGGCACCGGAGCACAUUCAAAAACACCACGUGACGAUCUCGCGGCUGCUGCAGAACGACUUCCCGAACUCGCUCGCCGCCGAGGUGACAUACACCACGGCCGCAUCCGUCAGCACGUACAAGCUGCUGCUCAACAAGACCGUGCUCGGCGCGGCUGUGGGUAGCCACCGCAAGGGCGAAGCUGCGCGACAGGACCACGUCACUGUACCGUUUGGUGGUGAGGUGGUAGAGGUCAAUGUACAGCACGGCGAUGAUGUGCACACGGGGGAGGUGCUCUGCGUCGUCAGGCAGAUGAAGACGGAGUUGGAGGUUAGGGCUGGUGUUGCUGGUAGGGUCAUCUGGGUCUGGGAGGUAAAGGUGGGAGCGAUCGUCGAGGGCGGGGAGUUGGUCUGUGAACUGGAUAUCGGUAUUGGACAGGCGGAGGCGAAGUUGUAG